GCCACAAUCUGCAUGCCAACAAUGCCGAUAAGGUAUUAACGAUAAACCCCCAAAAAGAAAAAAGAAAAAAAAAACUGUUCUCUUCCAUCGGAAGAGCUGCUCCACCACUCGCCGGCGAUCCAAAAGCCAGAGCUCCAACACAUCAAUGGCGGCCAUAUACAAUUCCAUGGACUGGUCACGCGCCGCCGGCAUAACCUCCAACAACAGAAAACCCCACCAAUUCACACACCACUGCACAAACAACAAAACCAAAAACACUUCCCCCUUCAUCUCUCUCCUCUUCUUCAACUCAAACCCUCCCCCCGCCAGACCCGAUUCCUCCGCCGCAUCAUGUUCGUCGCCGCUCGUGGAAGACGCCGCCGCCGCAGUAAUCGAGCUCUCUCUCAACCCCCAGGACUUCAAUUCACCCCGAGAUCACAAACAACUAAAUGCCCUAAUCUGCACCCUGUUCAAGGAUCCCCAAACCGAAAACCUCGCCCACGAUUACUACCAAAAGGCCAAAUCCGACCCGGAUUUCCGACCCGAACGAUACACACUGAAGCUCCUAAUCAGGUACUUGACCCGAUCCAACAACUGGACCUCCUUAUUCUCCUUCUGCCAAGAUCUCGCCCAAUUCCGGGUCUUACCCGACCGCCCAACUUGCUGUAGAUUAAUCACCACAUGUAUGAAAGCUCGGAAACUGAAACUCGUCGAUAAUUUACUCGAUUGUUUUUUAUCUAACGACGUUAUAACCGCCGUUAUGGCAUUCGAUUCCGCCAUGAAAGGAUACAACCAGUUGCAUAUGUACAGUUGCACCAUUGUUCUGUACCAUAGGAUGAAAUCCAACGGCCUGGAUUUAGAUUUAGAACCUCAUUGUUACUACACUGUAAUGGAAGCUUAUUUGAAAAUGGGCCAGCACCAAAACGCAAUUGACAUGUUUCGAGACUUCGAGAAUCGGAAACUGCCCGAUAAGAAAACCGGGCAGCCUAACUCGCCGUUUAACUACUCCAAGAUUUACUGGAUUCUCUGCGAAUCGUUGGGCAAGACAGGGAGAGUUCUCGAAGCUCUCGAUUACUUUCGAGAGAUGACGAAGAAGGGAAUACCCGAAGACCAUUCUUUGUACUCGUCGUUGAUAAGCUCGUUUGCGAGCUCGGGGAAUUUGGAAAUGGCGGAAGAGCUCUUUAUAGAAGCCGAAAGCAAGAAAAUGCUGAGGGAUCCGGCUCUGUUCUUGAAGUUAGUGUUGAGAUAUAUCGAAGAAGGGCUCAUGGAGAAAACACUCGAUGUUGUCGCGUCAAUGAAACGGGUCAACAUUAGGGUAUCGGAUUGUAUCUUUUGUGCAAUCGUAAACGGCUACUCUAAAAAGAGAGGUGCUAAAGCAGCUGUCCAAGUGUACGAAGAUCUAAUCUCGCAGGGGUGUGAGCCGGGGCAAGUGACCUACGCAUCGGCAUUGAGUAUAUACUGCCGCCUCGGACUCUACUCCAAGGGCGAAACGGUCUUUUCCGAGAUGGAGAAAAAGGGGUACCGUAAUUGCGUGGUGGCAUACUCUAGCAUGAUCGCUGCCUACGCGAAAACGGGGCGGACGAAAGAAGCAAACAUGCUCGUGGCAAAGAUGAAACAGAGAGGGUGCGAGCCGAACGUGUGGAUCUACAAUUCUAUCCUCGACAUGAACGGGCGGGCGUCGAAUAUGAGGCUGGUUGAAAAGACAUGGAAGGAGAUGAAGCGGAGGAGGAUUGUGCCGGAUAGGGUUAGUUACACGAGUGUGAUAAGCGGUUACAAUAGGGUUAAGGAGUUCGAUAAGUGCAUAGAGUAUUACGAGGAGUUUAAGAUGACAGGUGGCAAGAUUGAUAAGGCGAUGGCGGGUGUUAUGGUUGCGGUUUAUUCGAAAACGAACCGGGUCGCUGAGUUGGUGGAGCUUUUGCAGGAUAUGAAAAUGGAGGGGGCUGUUUUGGAUGCUAGGUUUUAUAGCUCGGCCAUGAGUGCUUUGAGGGAUGCUGGCCUUCAAGUGCAGACUAGGUGGCUGCAAGAAAUGUUCAAGUAUUAAUCUUGAUUUCUUGUUUUGUGAUUAAAUUUUUGUUUUUUUUCUUUUUUUUGCCAAAUUUAAAAAGAAAAGAAUGGUGAAAUAGGUGGAAAUUGGAAAGUGCAUUGAGUGGAUGGAUUAACUGCAAUGUUUUACAUGAUGUAUCUGCAUGCGUUGAAAUGUAAAUAUAUUAUCUUGUAGAU